AUGGCCGAUACGGAGGCUGAAGAACCUCAAUUCACGUCGCUGGCGGCGCGCAUCGCGGCGUUGAAGCAGCAGGGCGUGGGAACGAGUGCUGGCGGCGCCCGUCAGACCACCGGCAAAAGACCCCCUCCUCCACUUCCUCCAUCUGCGAACCGACCUCCAUUACCCACAAGAACACAAACUGCGAAUAACCCCCCAAUUGCUAGCUAUGGGUCGUCGAGUACGAAGCAAGCGAACAAUCUGCCAACUGGCGUGAGGGGCACCCCUCUUCUACCUCCUCCGGGCGUCGAUCGAGACCGCCCCCAAAACCGCCCUUCAAGUCCGGGAAAUGCAGCAAAUACACCCCCUUUGCCCUCCCGCCCCAGUGGUCCUCCACGUCUUCCAAAUCGAAAGGCUACUGAGCCUUCUCCCUCUCUACCACCCCGACAUGGCUCUACACAGAUGGUUCGGAGAGAUUCCAAUGCUUCAACGAUGUCCUUGAGCUCUACAAUAUCAGCAUUAUCCCUGGGUCAGGCACCAUCUAGCACUUCAUCCGUGGAGUCCCAGAGGAAGAUGCCACCACCGUUGGACAUGGCAAAACUUCCCCCGUUACCACCGUCUCGGCGUGAGCUUGAGCAGCGCAAAGCAGAGGAGGAAGCAAGAGCACCGAAAAUACCGCUGAUAUCCGUGAAGUCGGCGCCUAAUGUACCUCUCAGACCCCCACCGCCUGUUGACCGUGAUCAACCCCCGAAGAUGCCCCCCAGACCAGGCGGAUCACCGAGAAUGCCCCCAAGACCAACAAGUAGAAAUAAUACGGAGGAGGAGAAAGCUCCUAAACAGCCUCCGCGAAGGCUUCCGCCACCAGCUAUAGCGAGAUCUGCACUUUCAAUGGGGUUUGGUAAUAAAGAGACGCCAAACCCUGCCCCGAGACCAACGCCAACUUUCACCAGACCUGCAGGCCCUGUAGUUCAGGAGCUCAAUGCUGCGAACUUUGACAGUGUCGUUAUGUCCGGAAAAGCCGCUUUUGUUGAUUUCUACGCGCCAUUUUGCAAAUAUUGUGUGGAUUUGGAGCCAAUAUGGAAGCAACUCGGCGAGGACUUUGCUUUCGCACAUGACCGAUUGGUCAUUGCGAAGAUAGAUGUGCAUGAGCACAAGACUUUCAUGAGCAGAUUCGACAUCCAAGAAUACCCCACGAUGCUUUACUUCGAUGGACAUAGCGAAACGCCGCAGAAGUGUCCUUUUAACCCCGAACUGGCGUAUCUGACGAAAUUUCUGGAGGGCAAGUCCGGGAUCCGUGCUGCUGAUGGGCCGAAGUCGAAUGGAGUUCCACCACCUAUUAAUUUAAGCUCUAAACCAUCCAGGUCCCAAAUCCAAGCUGUGCAAUCUCGGCCAGCAGCUCCCCCUCCGCCAUCUUCUGGAUGUCUUCUCUGCAGGGAUUUCUCUGGUCCUGACGGAGUCGCUGCUCAAUAUCCGCGCCAAUCUCUUCCCAAGACACAUGAUAUUACUGGGUAUCUGGCUGAUGUUCUCUGUGGCCCAUUUCAAUCAGCCACAGAUAAAGCACGGGCGAUUUUUACCUGGCUUCACCACAACAUCGCGUACGAUACUGUGGCGUUCUUUGCCCGUACAGUUAACUAUGGCGCUACACCUACCGAUACAAUUGGAUCAGGGCUUGCUGUCUGUGGUGGGUAUGCGGGAGUCUUCACGGCCGUCGCACUGAAAGCAGGACUCGAGGCUGUUAUGGUAACUGGCCAUGGGAAGGGCUAUGGCUUUAGCGCUCUUAAACCAGGGGACCCAAUUCCCCCCUGCAAACCUACGGGACACGCUUGGAAUGCGGUCCGUAUCGAUGGCGGGGAGUGGAAGCUGCUGGACUCGUGUUGGGGCGCUGGGCAUUUGUCGGAUAAAGCAUACAAGCAGAAGUUUACGCCAACCUACUUUACGGCGCCGAACGAUGAGUUCGGAUUAAAGCAUUUCCCGAGUGAUGAAGAAAACUUCUUCCGCAGCGAUGGGAGGGUUCUGACUUGGGAAGAGUACAUUGUUGGGCCGGUUGGUGCUGAGCAGGUAGAGCAAUAUGGCGCAGUGUCAGACCACGGUCUGGCACCAACCUCCUUCGCUCCACCUCAAAAGAAAAUCCCAGUUAACUCUGGCGAGACCGUACGCUUCCAAUUCAGCAAAGCCUGCGAGCACUGGGACCACGAAAAGAACGGGCAAGGAAAGCCAUAUUGCAUGGUUCUCCGGAUCAACGGCGUUGAUGGGCGGAAAGAGGACUACGUCGCAUUUGAGAAUAACGAUUUCUGGUGGUGGGCUGAUGUCCCGGCCAAGGAUCUGGGGGCUCCCGGGCAGAAGGUCAACUGCUAUGCGGUUACGACCGUCAAUGGGAAGGAUGCGAGGGGUAUGACGAGAAAGGAAUAUCUGGGCAAGAAAGGAAGGUGUGGUAUGGGAUUUGGGGGGGUUUGUGUUUGGGAUUUGGUUUAA